AUGUCUGGUGCAGGCCCCUCUCUCCACCCCGGCGACUGGCCGUCGAGGGCUGUUCUGCAGUUCCCUCCCGAUGCCGCUCCCUUGCCCAUUCCUCCCCCAUGGACUGGCGAGUCGACGUUUGCGAACCCUUUCCCGAUCCCCGAAGACAUCUACCAGGGCGCGUUGUCGUACAAGGUGCCCCUGACCAUUGCCUCCGUCUACUUCGUCACCGUCACCUAUGUCAACUGGUACAACCGCCAACACGGUAACAAGCCGUGGAGGAUCGCCAAAACCCGCCCAUUCUACGCCUUUGUCAUCUUCCACAAUGUCUUCCUGGCUGUCUACUCGGCCAUUACUUGCGUUGCCAUGAUCCGCUGCCUCAAGCACUCUUUCCCCCACUACAGCGAGCCCAACGCCGUUGUCGGUACCAUUGACGCACUUUGCAAGAUCCACGGUCCCCGCGGACUCGGCGACGCUGUCACCUACAACAACACCAACGAUGUCUGGAGCAGCCUCAACUCUAAUGUUCUUGUAGGCCCUAGUGGCCUGCCAGACCAGACGGAUGUUGGCAGAAUCUGGAACGAGGGUCUUGCUUUCUGGGGCUGGUGGUUCUACCUCUCCAAGUUCUAUGAGGUCCUUGACACGGCUAUCAUUCUGGCCAAGGGCAAGCGCAGCACCACUCUCCAGAAGUACCACCACGCCGGUGCUAUGUUGUCCAUGUGGGCUGGUAUGCGCUUCAUGUCACCUCCCAUUUGGAUGUUCGCCCUGGUCAACUCCGGCAUCCACGCCAUGAUGUACACCUACUACACCGUCUCAGCCCUCGGCUACCGCGUCCCCAACGUCGUCAAGCGAACCCUUACCACGCUUCAAAUCACCCAAUUCCUUGUUGGAUCCGCUUUCGCCGCCAUCCACCUCUUCGUCUCCUACACCGUCCCCGUUUCGGUCGCAUACAAGGUCGCUGAGAAGGUUGCUCCCAAGGUCGUCUCGUCCUCCGUCUCAUCCGCAGUUGCCUCUGCUACUGAAUCGGUUGCUGAAGCCCUCCCCACCGCGACCGGUGUUGCUGUAGCCUUCCUCAGGAAGCUAAUUUACCGCGCAGCUGGUGACGAAGGUCUCGCUGAGAACAUCCCCGUCCCUGGUCAGCCUAUUCCGGUUCGCCAGCAGCAGCAGCAGCAGCAAGUCAUUGCUGGAGAGCCUGUUCCUACCCACAACGCGGUCCAUGACUUCUUCCACCCUCACGAGACAGUCGAGAAGACCUUCUACCGCACUGAGUACCAGACCGUUCCUUGCGUCGACACCUCCGGCCAAGCUUUCGCCAUCUACGUCAAUCUGAUCUACCUCGCACCGCUCACCAUCCUCUUCAUGCGCUUCUUCUUCAAAUCAUACCUGCGCCGCUCCUCGCCUAACGCCAAGAAGGACUUCAAGCCUCGCACAAUCUCCGACGCAGCUGGUGACGCCAGCCGCAGCGUGGAGCGCGAGCUCGACUCCCUUGACAAGUCCGCUGAAGACGCCAUCUCCUCGGGUGUGAACAGAGCUAGGGACGCUGUUCGCGGAAGGAAGCCCACCAACGGCCACAUCAAGGACGAGCGAAAGGGUAGCAUGAGCCCGGCCAACCAAAAGUUCCUCGAGAACAUCAACCGCCGCGUCAGCCAAAAGCUCCAGGAACUCGACGAGGGUGCCGAUGCUACAAGCAAGAAGGCUAGGCAGAUUGCCAAGGAGCUGGUUGGCAAGGCCGAGGCUGCAGGUGAAAAGGUCGAGCAGGCUUACGAAGAUAACGAGGAGGACAUUAAGGAGGCAGAGAAGGCCAAGGAGAACGCCGACCGGAAUCGCAGCCCUAGCAAGCUGCCUCGCAAGCAGAACAAGAAGAAUAGCAAGAACGGUCAGACCGACGAACAGGUGGCUAAGCCUGAGCAGGAGCCUGAGCCAAAGGACCUCAAGAACACCCUUGGCAAGAAGGAUGGCAAGGGUCUUUUCUAG